CAUAAAGGUUUGUGUGGCUUCCAAAAUUUCUCUCYCCCAUAUAAACUUUCAUUGACUUCGAUCCAUUCUCUUUCACGUCUCUUCGUCUCCGGAUUCACACUUUUUUCUCCUGUUUCUCUCUUUGGGUUAGGGUUCCUUUUUGUGCGGGGGAUCGAAGCGCAAGAUCUGUUAGUUUUUCUGGGACAUUUGAGCAGCUUGAUUGAUAGCUCGUAAUUUGUUUGCUGGUUACCUGUGUUCCACUCCGGACAGCCAAGUUUCAUGUCUGAAUUCAACGUGCAGAUUCCAUCUGCUUUUGACCCGUUUGCUGAUGCAAAUGCUGAGGACUCAGGAGCCGGGGCAAAAGAGUAUGUUCAUGUGCGCAUACAGCAACGUAACGGGAGAAAAAGUUUGACAACUGUUCAAGGAUUGAAGAAGGAAUUUAGUUAUAACAAGAUACUCAAAGACCUGAAGAAGGAAUUCUGCUGUAAUGGCACUGUUGUGCAAGAUCCUGAGCUAGGCCAGGUCAUACAACUUCAGGGAGACCAGAGAAAGAAUGUGUCUACCUUCCUUGUGCAGGCUGGCAUUGUGAAGAAGGAGAACAUCAAGAUUCACGGUUUCUAAAGAGCUGCAAGAUUGAAAUAUAUUACUGUUUACAGCAGCUUAACUGAUAGUAGUGGACAAUUAUAUAGCUACUUUUAGAACUUAAAAGAGUGCAUGUUACAACUCUCGAUCCAUGUAUGCUUCGUUGUGCAGACCAAGUUAUGGAUCAUUGGACCCUUUUAACUGAUAAUAUGUUUCCUGCUUUCUCAUCUCGAUGGCGACAUUCUAUCUACCUAUUGUUUUCCGA